AGACUCACCCCGAGACUCACCUCUCUCUGAGACCCUCUCACUCGACUCGCUCUCCCAGCUUCAGUGAAGAACCUUCUCGCCGAGUUGCUGCCGCGACGGUCGAAGCAUGGAAACAUCUCCGAGACAAGUGGAUAUUGAUCACAUUCCGACCGCGACGCGUUACAACCUGUCGCCCGACGACGGCCUGCUGGAGAAGGAGGAGAGCAGCCUGUUCUGCUGCGGCGUUUUUAGUGGGAAGGGGUCGCGUCGGUCGGCGGCGGACAAAGCCCUCUUCAAGGCUCAAGGAAAGCUCGCCAAAACCCAGGUGAGGGCGCGCCAAGUCCUGCAGCAGCUGUGGCGGGACGCCGCCGCGGUCGAUGCCGCCAAGAAGCGGAAGGAGGAGGAGGAGAAGGAGAAGGGGAGCAUGGAAGAUGUCAAGAAGGCGCUCAGCAGAUGGAGGUGCACGAUGGACUUGCCUGUCAAGGGUAGGAGACCAGAAACAACCGCCCCGCGAGGGAUAGACCGGGAUAAGCUGUUCGAGCUCGUGGAUGAGGCGAUGAGCUUCCUCCCCGUCCCCACUGCGGACGCGCUGCUCUUCGAGAGAAACAGCAACAGUGUGAGAACGAGCCUCGCCAGCAUCAGCAUGUGCCUCAGCAGCGGUCGCAGCAUCUACAAAAGCAACAGCAGCAGCGCCGCCAGCAGCGAAGGAAGCAGUGGCUACCUGCCACAGUCCGAGUCUGACAUGUUGACGGACUCCACGCCCAUCGAUACAGAUGAUGAUGGCCUCCUCUACGACGACCCUUGUGCCCCUCCGCCUCUCAAGAUGGUCUCCCAGCCCCGGGGGGGAGAUGCUUCCCCAAUGUAUGAUAAACAACAGCGACCGGGGUUCGUGCAGCAGAAGGACGGUCACAGGUUUAUCAACGUUGCGCCUUGCAACGAGCGUCCGCCCCACCCCGACCCCGCCGCCUGCGAGAUGUGAGAUAGAGUGCUGCUGGCUCGGCACCUCCUGUUCUUCCGCUGGGGACCUCUGGGAGAUGGCUUCGUAAAUAUAAAUCUGUCGUUAAACCCGCCACCACCCGACAAAGGUUUAUCACGUAAACAGAACAUGGCGAUUUGUUACUAGUACAGCAUA